AUGCCAGCCCACAUACCUAACCUAGGGAUCAUCGUGUACCAGCUUCGCCAGUGUGCAGGCCGCUUUAUGUCUGUGUAUGACACACAUCAACAUCUCCGUAAACUCCAUAGUCUCGCCGACCUCAGCACAGACGACCUGAAGGAGUUUUCAGGCGUUCCUGCCGGGGAGAAGAUGCCGUCGCAGCAGAGACAGCACCUGGCACAUCGACGCCUGGCACAGAUCGUCCACUAUAAAGGGGGUGAACUCAAACACCUUGCAUAUAUUAUAGAGAACUGUAUAUUUAUAUUGUGGCGCCACCUGGAAUAUUACCUGUUACACUGCGUACCUAUAGACCAACAGCCCACUCUUUAUCAGUCACAGGUGAAACGCCAGCAGCAGAUGCGACGACUACAAGACCUGACAGGUAGCGGCAGCAUGAUGUAUGACACAGAUGAGGGGGCAACGUUCUCGGAGGGAGACAAGCUGACACGGGCGUGA